AUGAACCUUCUAACUUUUGAACCAAGUGAAGAAGUACAAUUCCUAUUGAACACAAAUAAUGAAGGAAUGAUUUGGACCGUUGAUGGUACUCUUCUUCAAGGACUUAUGGGAGAAGGAAUAGCUUGUAAUGGAAUGUUUGGUGAUGAGUUAAAUGGAUUUGUCAAUCUACCAGAUCCACACAAACAUUACAAACAUUUCACUUUAGAACAA